UUGGAAUGACCAGGUAGAGCUUCUUUAGUUUUGGCUGCUACUUCUGAUGAGUUUUGCGUUUGCGAAAUUUUUGCAUCGAAUACGGAUCGACAGCUUGGUAUUUGACGCUCUUUUGCUAAUUAUUCAUUGAAAUUUCUCUUUAUUUGUUUUAGAUGUCGGAAAAGGAGCUGAAAUUCGAUUCAAGCGACCCUCCUGCGUACAACCAUGCUAAUGUUUACAGUGCUGAUUUAGAGAAGGGUCUUUGUUUGGAUACACCAAAAGACAUAAAGAACCCUUCCAAUUCAACUUCUGUCAAAGCCAAACAUAGCAAAAAAACGCCCAGGAAUGGAUCACAAAAUUCCAUCGCCUUGAUAAAGAAAAGCUAUGAGGAAGUGUUGAAACAACUUUCCCUUCGCUUUUCUGAUAAUCUUGUCAUUAUUGAUGAAAGCCAGCGUCUACCUUCAACAUUAUUUUUUUCGUUGAUGUGUACAUUAGCAAUUUCAUACAGUUUUAAACUUCUUUCUUGGCUGGAACAAGUAUAUUCGGACGAUAAAUUAAGUUGGGCCCUUCUUGCACCUUUAGGCCCUUUGCUUGUGAUAUGGACAAGCUUGUUUGGUCUAUUUUAUUAUUCUUCUUCAUUCGCUGUCAAAGUAGCAAGAACUAUUGCACAGGUUAUAUUAGGUGUUGUAGUCGUAAUUGGAGGUGUUUCAGUCUUAAUUGGAUCUGCGGGAGUUUUUGUCGUUGAUCUUGUGUGCUGUGGCUUUUAUAACAUUACUGUUUUUGGCCUUGGAAUGGAAUUUGAGCGCUCAGCUGAAAACACCGGUUCGCCUACACUUCCAAGAUAUCAACAAAGAGAUGAUGCACUAGCUCCUCCGCCAACGACUACGAACGAAGAAAUAGAGCUGCAAAGCAAUCCUACCACUCAAAGUUAA